UCCCCGUUCCGCUCUUGUUCCGCUUGAUUUUUUUUUGUUUUUUCCCUUUUCUCUCCCCGAACUAAUGUUGGCGCUUUCUCGCUUUCUCCGCCGGACGCUUCCUCCCGAGUGCCUUCUCGCCGCUGCCCUUUCACUCCUCCGACAUCGACCGGACCGCAUUUCUCCCGGCAGCGUCGCAAUGUCCACGACGUCGCAGUCCAAGGAACUGUUCAGACGAGCGGACGCCGUCUGCUUCGACGUCGACAGCACGGUCAUCAAGGAGGAAGGCAUCGACGAACUGGCCAAGUUCUGCGGCGUGGGCGAUGCCGUGACUGAAAUGACCCGUAAAGCCAUGGGCGGCUCGAUGACUUUCAAAUCGGCGCUGACCGAGCGCCUCGCCGUCAUCAAGUGUUCCCGGGAACAGGUCAACAAACUCAUCACUGAUCAUCCGCCGCAGCUGACCGCAGGGAUCAGGGAGCUGGUGGACCGCCUCCACCAGCGCAACAUCAAAGUGUUCCUCAUCUCGGGCGGCUUCCGCUGCAUCGUGGAGCACGUGGCCGCUCAGCUCGACAUCCCGCUGGAGAACGUCUACGCCAACCGACUCAAGUUCUACUUCAACGGCGAGUACGCCGGAUUCGACGAGAGCCAACCGACGGCCGAAAGCGGCGGCAAAGGCAAAGUCAUCAGCAUGCUGAAGGAAAAGUACGGCUUCAAGACGGUGGUGAUGGUCGGCGACGGCGCCACCGACCUGGAGGCCUGCCCCCCGGCCAGCACGUUCAUCGGAUUCGGUGGCAACGUUGUGAGGCCACAAGUUCAAGAGAUGAGUACUUGGUACGUGACGAGCUUUGGAGAACUGCUGAAAGAAAUGGAAAAGAUUUGAACACCCGAAAGGAAAUACUGGUACACCCCGACCUCACCCUCUUUUUUUUUUUUUUUUAAUUUUAAACUUUACUAAUGUUAUUUGCACCAAAAGGUGUGUAUCAGAUAUUUUUAUCCACUGUGCACACUCCAUUUAUGUCGAGAUUUUUAACCAAUGACCGUGUUGUACUUUAGUCCGACCAAUUCUACCUUUAGGUGGUUUCCACCAUCUUGAUUUUUUUUCAUUUUUAUGCUAGAACAUACUAUAAAAAAAUAUCCGCUGCCUGUGUGGAAGUUAAAACUAUUUUUGUUUCAGGCACUUUAAAAAAAAAAAAGAAAUCACCAAUCUAAGACUUACAAGUCCUACACGGAGGAAAGUGCAAUGUGGGGGAAAAAAAUACAUUUUUUAAAAAAUAUGGAAAAAGUGAAGGAGAGACUGCAGU